CUACGCUUUGUUUUAUUAAUUUUGACCUUCUCUUUUCUUUUCUUUGAAAAAAAAAAUUACAAAAAUAUAUUUUAAAAUAAAAAUCAUGUUACCAAAAAUCUCGCAAAAAUGUGAUUAUUGUGAUAAAACAACUGCCACUAUAUUUCAUUUUUCGUUCUAUUUUAUUUUAUUUCUGCAAUUUCUUGUAGCAUUGUAUUGUAACUGUUUCUACCAUAUUUAUUAAAUAAAGUCAUUGCCAGAAUAGGGAUCAUUAUUCUCAAUUCAAACCGUAGCACUCCCUGGCGACCGUCUAACGUUAAAUAGGUCGUUUGCAUUCCUCCCAAAAACUCUGCUUUUCAAAUACAAUCAAAUGGUUUUGGUUUAGCGGAAAUUAAUCGCGCUUUCCUUUAACUAAAUACGUAUGAAGUUCUAAGAAGAGAAUUUGCAUUUAAGACAAAAUAUAAAUAGACGAAGUUUUCAAUGCAUUUUUGAAUGAAAUUAUCUGACACAUAUCAUUGAAGUGAUAUGUGUCAGUUAUCCCUUUUCCAUAAAUAUACCCCAGCCACAGUUUUAAAUAUUAUCCAAAAAUAAAAAGUAAAUGUGAUGGAUCAUGUCCUUUCUUCAUCUUUUCAUCCAAUUACCCUCUGCGGGGGUGUAGGGCUCGAAUCAUAUUCUUCUACUGACUCCGGUCCUGGGCAGCUUACUACCAGCCAGGUUUUUGGUACACAGAACGACGCCAAGUAAAUUUAGGGCGACCAUGUUUCCGUUUGCCGGGCAUCUUCCAGGUAAGGGCCACUUUGGAUAGGUGGGUGUCAGGUUUCCUGAGGAUAUGCCCAACCCAUGCCAUUUCCGCGUCACUGGUUAUGUUGGAUUGGCUAAUAUCAAAUUCUAUAGUGUCAUACCACUUGAACGGUAUUUCAGUAUUUCAAUUUAACAUGCGCGCAGCACAGUUGAGUCGUUAGUGGCACAUUCCCAUAGAGCUCAAAAAUGACUGAGCUCUAAUCAGACUUCUUUUAUACACAGUUACGCUAAUAGUUUGUUUGUUAUUAGCAAUGGCGUGAGACUCUCAAUCCGGAGGUCACGGAUUCGAAAUUAGUUACUUGGAACUUAUGUACCUAUAAACUAAUCUGGGUUACGGAUAAAGAAAAUAUCACGACGAAACCGGACUAAAGCCUAAGCCUUCGUUUCCCCUCUUGGCUUUGAAGGCAGCUUUUGUUGCCGAGCUGACUCCAGGCUACCUAAGUGAGCUAUGAAAAUCUUCUGGGACAACGCUAGGACGAUGAUGAUAUAAAAAACUUAUGGCGUUUAUUCAUAAAUGCACUGCAAGCGUUAAUAAGCUAUUAAUCGUUUCCCUUGAGCCUCAUUCGCACAAGAACUUAAAAAGCAUUGCAUUAAAAACCUAACGUUAGAAGUUCCGUAUGCUAAAUUCGAUUUAAAGGCCGACGCUUAAAGUCGCUUUUCCAACAACGUACGAUAAGAAAUCGCCACCGCCACGCCAUCGUGUGAAUAAAUAGAUACACGGGUAUCCGUUUAUGUCAUUCAAACGCCUUUUCGCGCGUUAUAAAAGCGUUUGAAUGACCCAUACCAUAGUCUGUAUUGGCUAUCCACCCCGGCUUUGCACGAGUUACACAAAACCUUAACAAAUUAUAUACCUAAACCUUCUUUAAAUAAGAUAGAUCUUAUUAGGAUCACAGCGGAAUCGAAAUAAACAUCAAUGUUGACAUGUCGUUUAGCUAUCGAUCUUCAAAGAUCUUUCCAAGAUCUUAAACGUGUCUUAAACAUUCUUCGAAUGGGGCCGUAUGUAAAAACGUAUACGUAUAAUAGUCAUAAUAGAAACUUCAUCCAGAAGUCUUAAUGUAAGUACUAUAUAAACUUAACUAUACACAAUGUUGGUUUGGGCUUAGAAAAUAGAUUUAGUCCUUGCAAGUAAGGAUUAGUAUUAAUAGUUUUUGAGUGGUUAUUUAAGUCCUUCAGGAUAAUUAUACCCUACAAGUUGUAUCAAAUGUACUUAAUUAUCGAAAAAAAUCAAAAAAAUCUGAUAGGUAGGUUUCAUAUAGUUUUGUGACAAAUUUUUAUCAGUUUUAUCACAUAUAAUUUAACGUUUUAUUUAAGUUUUUUUGUAAUGAUUUCUAUUGAUUAUGUGUGAUUUAAUUUGUUCUAUCACCAAAAUGUAUAUUAUAGUAUAGGUAAAUGUUAGACAUAUUUAUAAUUUAACUGAUUGUUGAUAAGAAUUCGAUAGAUAGUGUCGGUAAUAUUUUUCUGUCGGGUCAAGUUAGUUUAACUUCUUAAAUAUUGCGAUUAAUAAAGGAUUUUGAGUUUUUUGCUGUAAUGAUGAUGAUUCGAUAGUUAUUAAUAAUCAUAAUGACAUUGCAGAAAAGGUUCAAAACCGUAAUUUUCCAAGCUGUUUAGUUAAUGAUAUCAUUACUUAAUGAGAUAACAUAUUCAAUAUAUAUAUCAGAUGAUAACAUUACUUACUAUCAAUAGUGUCAUCACAGCAACAAUGGACGAAGGAAAACAAACGUUGCUAGACUUGCUUGAGAAGAUAGCUAAGGAACAAAAAUAUGUGAACAACACGGUAGAUCUUAAAGCGGUCAGUGCUGGAGGCUCCAAUAUAACCUCUGCGCUGUUUCUCUCGACAAUCCGUGCUAACGACAAACCAGACUUGAAACUCUUCGCAAAAGUUGCUCUCUUGAGUGACCACGUACGUAAGCAUAGUCCUAUGCGAUGCCAGUUUACUACUGAACUUUACUUCUACACUAAACUAAAGAAGCAAUAUGAAAGGAUACAAGACAAACACAACGUUCUUGAGGAUCACAGGGUGCGCAUGCCGAAGCUAUACGGCUGUUGCGACAAGUAUCUAAGUGAGACCCUAGUUCUGGAAGAUUUGGUUGCUCAGGGAUUUGAGAAUUUUGACAGGCAGCAACCUGCCGAUUUGGAAUACAUGACAGCCGCAAUCGAUCUGAUGGCCAAGUUCCACGCUUUAUCCCUUGCCUUUCACAAUGACGAUCCGGUUAGCUUUAAAGAGGCAAGCGACACGCUGACGAUGGAUAUAUCUAAAAUAGAAGCGUUGGUACCAGUCAUGAAGCCUAAAGCGAUGGCUAAUGCGCUUGCAGCGACCGAGGGUGAGAACCGAGAAAAGUUGGAGAAGUUUUUCAAACAGGAACCGUGUCUGUUUGUGAAGUUUAUGGACACAUUCCGCAGCAAAAAAAGGAAUAUACUCGUGCAUGGUGAUUUUAAACCAAAUAAUCUGAUGCAUAGGCGACGAAACGGAAAAUUGGAGAUCGUCCUAAUGGACUUCCAGCUGGUACUUGACGGGGAUCCGCUGCGGGACCUGUUGUACUUUAUCUUUACUGCCACUGACGAGGCCUUUCGUCGCUCUCACUAUCACGCCAUCCUCGACCUGUAUCACGAGCGCCUGAGCGAGGCGCUGCGUCGGUUUCAGAUUGAUGUUGAGACUGUCUAUUCGGAGAGCACGUACAGAGCGCAACUAGAAGAGUAUUCCAUGGUGGGGCUCACAAUCGCCGUGAUCUUGUUACCCUUGGUGCUAGUAGAAGAGGAAGAUAUUCCAAAUUUCGACGAUGACUACAAGAUGACUGACUUCGUAGUCCAAGGCAGCAAGCUCUACAAGGAGAGGCUUAACGGUGUGAUCAACAAUUAUGUGGAGUGGGGACUGCUGUGAGUGUCCUGUGUCCCGGCCUUCAUUGGUGAACAGCGAGCUGCCUGAAUUCUUUCAUAAAGUCUCAAUACUCAGAAAUACUCAGGAAAACGUGAACUUUCUAGGUUGUUAUUUUGAAUGUGAAUUUGCUUGUAAGAAGUGUUUUCGAAAUAAAUAAGUCAAUUGUA